AUGGCCAUUAGAUACAUCAUUCUCCUUUCCCGACAGGGUAAAGUCCGGCUGUCUAAAUGGUUUACAACCUUGCUACUCAAAGAGAAAAAUAAAAUCAUCAAAGAGGUUUCCCAGCUCGUACUCUCCCGCCGAACGCGGAUGUGUAACUUUCUGGAAUACAAAGACACCAAAGUCGUCUACAGGAGAUACGCAUCGUUGUUUUUUAUUGCUGGAACUGACCAGAAUGAUAACGAGUUAAUUACAUUGGAGAUCGUCCACCGGUAUGUCGAACAGAUGGACAAGUAUUAUGGAAAUGUCUGUGAACUCGACAUUAUCUUCAAUUUUCAAAAAGCGUAUUUUAUACUCGAUGAGCUGCUUCUAGCGGGGGAACUUCAGGAAUCGAGCAAGAAAAAUGUCCUCCGAUGUAUCAGCCAGCAAGAUAGUCUUGAAGACAUGGAGGUCGAAGAAGAUACGAUAACUAAACUUAUGGGCGGUUAA